AUGGUCCACAACGAGAGGAGCUGGGUGGCCCCAGCCCGCUUCUUGAACCGGCCCCAGGAGAACCUACAGCUGGGCAGCCGUGAUGAGGCUCCUGCCCUCACGCCGGUGCAAGGAGCCCUGCUGGAGCUCACCCUCUCACUGGAGACGCUGCAGGCGGUGAAGGGCCACAUGCUGGAGGCCAUGGCCAAGGGGCUGAGCCGGCAGACGCACGCGCAGGCCACCGUGCGGAUGCUGCCCACCUACAUCUGCUCCACGCCUGACGGCACCGAAAAGGGUGACUUCCUGGUGGUGGAGCUGCGCCGGCGGCAUGUGCGGACCUUGUGGGUGACCCUGCCGGGCGACGGGAACCAGAGCCCCCAGCUGAAGGAGCGGCUCUUUGACAUGCCGGAGGACAUCACGCAGGGCAAGGGGGAAGCGCUCUUCGACUUCAUUGCGCGGUGCCUGUGCCAGUUCCUGGAGGGCGUCUGCCCCAGUGAGCCCCAGCAACGCCUCCCCUUGGGCUUCGUCUUCCCCUUUAGCUGCAGGCAGAUGCGGCUGGACCAGGGCGAGCUCAUCACCUGGUCAAAGGGCUUCCACUGCAGCGAGGUGGAGGGGCACGACGUCGUGCAGCUGCUGCAGGCAGCCAUCGACAAGCAGGAGGUGGGCAGGGGGCGAGGGGCCCGGCCGGGCCACUGCCCCCCGCUGAGGGGCUGACGCAGUGCUCGCUCUGCUCCCGGCCAGCGCUGCCAAGUGGAUGUCGUCGCCCUGAUGAACAACACGGUGGGCACCAUGAUGAGCUGCAGCAUGGAGGGGAUGCCCUGUGAGGUUGGCUUGGUCAUCGACGUGGGCACCAACAGCUGCUUCAUGGCUGAAGGGUGGCAUGUGGAGACAGUGGAGGAGACCAGCGGGCGGAUGUGUGUCAACACCGAGUGGGGCUUCUUCGGGGAUGAUGGCGCCCUGAGCAAUGUGCUGACCCCCUACGACCAGUGUGUGGACCAGGAGUCUGCCAAGCCCGGGGAGAAGAGGUUUGAGAAGCUCAUCGGCGGUCUGUACCUGGGGGAGAUCGUCCGGCAUGUGCUGGCCAAGCUGGCUGCGGAGGGAGCGCUCUUUGGCGGGGACAGCAUCGCCAUCCUGGAGACCAAGGACACGUUCAAGACCCAGCAGGUCCUAGAGAUCAUUGACGAUGAGGCAGGCCUGGCCAUGGCACGGAGCACCCUGCAGGCGCUGGGGCUGGCACCGAGUGAGCAGGACUGCUGCCACGUGCAGCAGGUCUGCCGGGCGGUGGUGACCCGCGCCGCGGGGCUCUGCGCCGCGGGGCUGGCCGCCAUCCUCAGCCACAUGUGCCAGAGCCGGGAGCUGGAGCAGCUGAAAGCCAACGUGGGGGUGGACGGCGCCGUGUACCGGGGCCACGCCAGGUUCGGGGAGAUCCUGCAGCGCAUCACCAAGCUGCUGGCCCCCGAGUGCAUGGCCACCCUGGUGCCCUCGGCGGAUGGGGGCGGGCGGGGGGCUGCUGUGGUGACGGCGGUGGCGCUCCGCCUGGCGGCCCAGCGCCGCGAGGUGGACCGGCUCCUGGCCCCGUUGCGGCUCGGCCCCGCCGACCUGCAGCGCGUCCAGGCGCUGAUGCGGUGGGAGAUGGAGCUGGGCCUGAACCAGGACACCAACGCUCAGUCCUCUGUCCGCAUGCUGCCCACCUACGUCCGCAGCACACCGGACGGCACCGAGAGAGGUGAUUUCCUGGCACUGGACCUGGGGGGCACCAACUUCCGCGUGCUGGUGGUGCGCGUGGGGCAGGAUGGCGUCCACAUGGCCAGCGAGAUCUACGCCAUCCCACUGGCCGUGAUGCAGGGCACCGGCGAGGCGCUCUUCGACCACAUCAUCGAUUGCAUCGUGGACUUCCAGCAGAAGCAGGGCCUGACGGGGCAGGUCCUGCCGCUCGGCUUCACCUUCUCCUUCCCCUGCCAGCAGCUGGGCCUGGACAAGGCGGUGCUGCUGAGCUGGACCAAAGGCUUCAGCGCCUCAGGCUGCGUAGGGAAGGACGUGGUGCAGAUGCUGCGGGAGGCUGCCCAGCGCAAACAGCACUUUGGGCUGGACGUGGUGGCCGUGGUGAAUGACACCGUGGGCACCAUGAUGUCCUGCGGCUACGAUGACCCCAGCUGCGAGAUUGGCCUCAUCGUGGGCACGGGGACCAACGCCUGCUACAUGGAGGAGAUGCAGAACGUGGGCACUGCCGAGGGGGAGCAGGGCCGCAUGUGCAUCAACAUGGAGUGGGGGGCCUUCGGGGACAAUGGCUGCCUGGAUGACAUCUUCACCGACUUCGACCGGCUGGUGGAUGAGAAAACCAUCAACCCGGGCAAGCAGAGGUUCGAGAAGCUCAUCAGCGGCAUGUACCUGGGCGAGAUCGUGCGCUACAUCCUGCUGGCACUGGUGGAGAAACACAUCCUAUUCCGGGGCAAGCCCUCACCCAAGCUCCAGACCAGGGACAUCUUCCAGACCAAGUUCCUCUCCACCAUCGAGAUCGACGGGCUGGCCCUGCGGCAGGUGCGCGGGGUCCUGCAUGACCUGGAGCUCGACGCCAGCUUCGAGGACGGUGUGCUGGUGCGGGAGGUGUGCCAGGCUGUGUCCCUGCGGGCAGCCCAGCUUUGCGCUGCCGGCCUGGCCGCCGUGGUGGAGAAGAUGCGGGAGAGCCGGGGCCUGGCCCAGCUGGCGGUGACGGUGGGGGUGGACGGCACCCUCUACAAGAUGCACCCGCGCUUCUCCCAGCACCUCCAGCGGACACUGCAAGACCUGGCGCCCAACUGCACCGUCACCUUCCUGCAGUCAGAGGACGGCUCGGGCAAAGGGGCCGCGCUGGUGGCCGCCGUGCACUGCCGGGUGGCCCAGGCGCAGGGACCGCCAUAGCCGCUGCCACCUCCUC